UGCAUGCAGGUUGCCUAGCCCUAGUUUCAUGAAAGAAAAUUUCGCUCAUGAUAAUUUAGACGCGCCUUGGUCGCGCUACCUUAGAUUCCCGUCCAGAGAGGUUUGUCUAUGACUAUGGCUUUUGCAGUUUUUUUCACUUGUGGCUUCCUCGCCCUCUCCCAUUCUUUCCUCCUGCUCCAUCAAUUUUUCCAAUGAAGCUCGACCGCCGAUUUGCAAUGGAAGCCGGCUUGAAUACCGUGGGAGAAAAUCAAGCCAACUUGGAUCUCAACUGAUUGCUCUUGGGAGAAUUCGGACACUAGAAGCUAUCGUCAAUUAAUGUCAUGUAUGGCUCAAGGUGAGAUUAGUAGAGCAGAAACUCUGAACAUCAACGAAUUGGAGAAUUUGAUGGGAAGGAAGCUAACUUACUAUUGAUCAAUCUACAAAGAUCAUGAUCAACGAAGAAAAUUGUGCAUAAUUUUUCAAGUUCCAAAAUAUAUUAAACAAGUUGACAAGUUAUCUUACGAACCAAAAAUGUUGUCCAUUGGGCCUUAUUACCAUGGAAAUUCUUCCCUGCAGUUUAUGGAGAAAGUAAAAUGGAACUGCUUAGAUUAUGUUCUUAAACUGAACUGUAGAGAAAAGUUGGAGGUCUAUCUAACAGCAAUGGAGAGUCUGGAGAAGCAGACAAGGAGUUGCUAUUCUGAGGAAGUUUCUCUAGGAAGUGACAUGUUCCUGCGAAUGAUCCUGCUUGAUGGAUGCUUUUUACUUGUUUAUCUUGGUGGAACGGAUAGCUUAGAUUGGUGCGUUAAUGAACAUAAUGCAACUGGUAGUAAUUAUCAGGGCAGAGAACCACUUCAAUACAUAAUAGCACAACAGGAGGAUAUUAUGGAGCAUGCUUCACAUAAGGGAAUAAGAAGUACUGAAAGUAUGAGAUUGCUUGCUGGUACAUCAUCCAAUUUAUGUUCAACGGAAGGUGUGGAACUUGACCAUAUUAGUACAGGCGAACAAUGCUAUGAUCGGAAGGAUCCUGACCAAUCCAAAUGUGACCCAAUUUCUGAUUGGCAUCACAGCCAUGCAUUUCGUGACCUACUUCUUCUUGAGAACCAACUACCAUUUUCCAUUGUGAAGAGAAUAUAUGGGUUACUUGUGGGAGAAGAUGCUCCAAAUCUACUUACUGAGAAGGUCUGUAAAUAUUUAGAACUCAAUAUUAAGAAGUACACAACAGUUGCUCGUAAAUUUGAUGGGCAAAAAGACUUCCACCACUUGCUCCAGUUGUGUCAUAUGUACUUCCGACCUCAACAAAGGAUUCAACCAGAGCAACAUUUUCAAAUUAGGAACAGAUGGUUGCAUCCCUCUCACCACUUUGUGGCGCACAUAUCUCAAAAGAAGUUAUUUCGAAGACUUUUCUACCAAUCCACAGACAUCUCAUGUAAGUUCUUGUCAGACACUGAAUCGGUGGCAACGAGCAGAACAAUAUCAUGAAGCUGGAAUUGAGUUUAAGAGCAAAGAGCACAACAAACAUAACCCACCUUCUCUUCUAGACAUCACUUUUGACAAGGGUAAGGUGGAGAUUCCAUGCUUGCUUAUUGAUGAAAAUACCAUUUGCCUCUUCAGGAACUUGGUUGCAUUUGAGCAAACAUGCUCGCAGUUUGGAAAUGAUGUCACUGCCUAUAUCGCUUUUAUUUCCCAGCUUGUCAGUACACCAUGUGAUGUUGCACUGCUUGCUCGCAAAGGAAUAAUCCUGCACCACUUGCGUACCGAUGAAGAAGUGUCAACUCUUUUCAGUAGGCUGGGCAAGAACGUGGACUUUGAUCAGAAUGGUGCAUACUAUCUUAAUCCAGUUUGCCGUAUGAUGGAAGAGUAUUAUCAGAAUCGCGUAAAUAGAUGGAUGGCCUGGUUGUGGCAUAACCAUCUCAGAAAUCCAUGGUUGGUCUUAGCGGUAGUAGCAGCAGCUAUCGUUCUUCUCUGCACGGUUAUCCAAUCAUUGUUAGCCUUGCUUGCGUAUUUGGAUCAAACAACAGAUACUGAUUAGGCAACUAGGUGCGCACUAGUUUACCCAACCCAUAAGGAGACAGUCUACUUGUAGUUGUCUUAAUAGAAGGUUAAAUGCUUCUGUGUUUUCUGUCA